AUGUCUUCACCAUCGCCACCAAAGCCAUGGGAGACGAGCGGCGGCGCGACGAGUGCCUCGGUUGGUCAGUGUUCGCGAUACGGGAGCUCAGCCGUCAUCAUGGCUAACAACAGCGCAGGCCUCACAGGAUCAAGCAGCACAACACCGGCGGGAACAUCAACGUCAAGUCCGCCUCCGCUUCCAUCAGUACCUGAUUCUCUUUCCACGGUCGCCAACCGCAAUGCGACCAACUAUUCAGGCGGCAUGAACAACCGAGUGUCCCCCUACAGCAGCGGAUACGGAGGCGGCUACAGCAGCUACUCCUCGCCAUACUCAAGCAUGGGCAGCGGCUAUGGCUCCAUGUAUGGCGGAAUGGGAGGUAUGGGUGGCAUGUACGGCGGCAUGGGUAUGGGUGGUAUGGGCAUGGGAAUGGGAGGCAUGUACGGUGGCAUGGGCGGCAUGGACCCGAACAACCCAGCCAGCCUGACCCAGUCGUUCAGCCAGAGCACCGCAGCGACGUUCCAGCUGAUUGAAAACAUCGUGGGCGCGUUCGGUGGCUUUGCGCAAAUGCUGCAGAGUACAUACAUGGCGACACACUCGUCAUUCUUUGCCAUGGUUUCAGUCGCAGAACCAGUUUGGAAACCUACGACAAACGCUCGGCUCGGUUCUCGGAAUCUUCACACUCAUGCGGUGGAUACGGACGGCGAUGGCGAAACUCACUGGACGACCACUUCCCGCAGACGCCAUGGACCUGACUCCUGCAAGCUUCGCUGCCUUCACUGGACGAGGUGCCGACGGAUCUCCCGCGUCCGCGAAGCCGUCGAAGAAGCCUUUCAUCGUUUUCAUGAUGGCAGUUGUUGGUCUGCCAUACCUCAUGGGCAAGCUUAUCAAAGCGCUUGCCCGGUCACAAGAAGAACUCGAGAAGCAGAAGAUGCUCGAGAACCCACAGGCCGGUCAGCCCAUCGACCCCACCAAGCUCGAAUUCUGCCGUGCCAUUUACGACUUCACGCCCAACGCCAACAUGCAGGGCAUGGACCUUGCCGUCAAGAAGGGAGACAUGGUUGCAGUGUUGAGCAAGACAGAUCCAAUGGGCAAUGCAUCAGAGUGGUGGAAGUGCCGCUCAAGAGACGGUAGGAUGGGCUACCUUCCAGGCAUCUACCUGGAGACCAUCCAACGAAAGCAGCCUGCGCAAAUCACGAGUGGAAGUCAAAGCGGAAGCCCGGCAAGUAGCCGGGCGCAGACAAUGACCAGCACUAGUCUUGGAAGCCGGACUGGCACAAUGACCGAAAGCAAGGUACCAGAAAUGGCACCAAAGGUCGAGAGCAAAGCUGGCGACAUGGGUGUAGAGUCGUUCCAAAAGGGCGCAUUCUACUCGUGAGCUUGAGACGAUGCUGCAAUUUCUUUCACAUUAUCUAUAUUUCUACCCUGAUACAAGCGCUGUAUUUUAUGCUGGGUAUGGGUUAAUGGUCUAAAAAGACCUCGGUUUCUACACUGUUGGCUGGGAAAAGCUGUGUGGUGCGGCGUUCAGCGUAUAUCAGCGACGAGAUAUCACUUUGUCAAGCAUGCAUUAGUUAAUUCGAA